AGGUAUAAUUUUGUCAAGUUUAUUUGUAUAACUUUCAUCUUUAAUGUUGAAAAACAGUGUUGUUUAUAACCUAAUUUUUUCAUUUUUUUUCAUUUAAAUCAUUCCUACGUGAUCAUAAAUUCAUUAUUCAUGUGAAUAAAAUAUGAAAAAUAAAAUUUUCACCGGAUUUAAUUCGUUCGAGUGCAUUUUUCUUUCAUUUCUACAGUGUAUUAAGAUAUGUUAGAUACGUAAGUAUACCCCGUUAGUGAUGACGUCACAAAACAGCGCUCAGGCCUUUUACUAUAGGUGGUAUUGACAAAGCUGAAGUAACAGCGUAACAGCGAAAACUGAACUGAAGCAUCAAUGAUCAAGGUCACAGAAAAAAAUUUGUACCAAAAUUUAUUCGUGUCCAUCGAUGAUCUCGGAUCACACCUCACCGACCUCACCGAUGACUUUCAAUGGUUCCACUUCCAUCCGGUUCGGACCUGUUUGUGAUCGGAUCGAUCGAUCGAUCAGAUUCUGAUCGGCUGAUCGUUUCGCUGAUAUUUGAUAAGAUAACUGAUAAGCGAUACAAAUAAUUUUUUAGAUGAGAAAUGAGAAUACAAUAGGUAUUAUGAUAAUUGAUACAUAAUUACGAUUCUAUUUUCGUUUAUUAACAUUGCUUUCUAGAUACUUAUAAAUAAAGUAAGUGACUACACAAUACACAUAAGUACACAUUUGUUAUUUGUUUCAAGUACUUGAUUUCUGCCCGACAGAUCGAUUUGAAUGAUUUUUGUAACUUAUUACUAAUGCAACGGCGUACAUAUGCAUUUGUUUUCUGUUUGGUGUACAGUAAUAAUUAUUGACUAGUGUAUUCGAUGGCUGGAACAGAAGAACAAACCCAAGACGCUGAUAGUCCUGAGAAGUUGAUCACCAAUAAGUCUUGCUGGAAUUCUCACCAAGUGCAUUUUUCACUUCCUUCAGCUGAUCCUACUCCUGCUUCUAAAAGCGGUUGCCAGCAUAUCAACAAGGCUAUCGAUGCUACUUCAGUUAGAAAAGCUAUCAUACGUGCUGGCGGGUUCGCUUCGUUGAGAUGUGUCAGUUGUGUAGCAGAAUCUGCGAGUGAUUCUGAAGAGAUAGAAAAGGAUUUGUCUCUGUGUUUGAAAUGUGGUGCCUCUAAUUGCAACGAUCAUUUGCUAAAGCAUUUUGAAAUUCUUCGUUCAGAUCCUCAUACAUUAUGUGUAAAGAUUGAAGACUGGAGUGUUCGAUGUUGUAAGUGUGAUAUUGAUGUGCCAGUCGAAAAUAAUGGUAAAUUAAAAGAAGGAAUUAAUAUACUGAAACAAGAGCAAAGAAAACCAUCGAGAGUAAAACCAAAACCAAAGAAGGCCACUUUCGAGAUGACAGAUAGUAAACCAUCGUCGGUAGCAUCCGUGGAUGUGCCGUAAAACAACAGCUCCUUUGACCAAAACUGGACAUGCGCAAAAUCCGAAGAAAUUUAAUGUUAUGAUUUACGGUAUUCCUAUGCGAGAUGAUGAAAAUCUAAAAGACAUGAUAAAACACCUCGCGAGUAAAUUGGGUGUUAAUUUGAAAGACUUGGACAUAAUUGCAGCAGAUCGAUUAUCAUCAGAAUCUAAAAUCCCGCCGGUAAUUGUGAAACUACACUGUGGUGAAAAAAGAGCCAAACUGAUCAAGGGCGCUAUUAGAAAGAAACCAACCGCAGAGUUAUUGGGCUUCAAGGAGAAAACCCACAUUUACGUUGGUGAACAUCGCUCUUUAAUAAAUGAAACUCUCAUGAAGAAAGCUGAAAUGCUAUUAAAAAGAAAUGGCUUAGUAAAAUAUAUUUUUCCGAAAAAUGGUGAAAUUUUUGCAAGAGAAACCGACAAUUCGCCUUUAAUCAAGAUCACGUGUGAAGAGAACAUUAAAGAAAUAGCAUACUCGAUCCAAGCUAACCGAAAACCGAGACCCGCUGCCUCUUUUCCUAGCAUCGGAAAUAACGUACCAUCCGGAUCAGCUGAGGUAAACGUGAACACCGGCAGAAGAAACCAGAAGAAUAAGUAAAAGUAAUUAUGUAAUUAUAGCGAACAGAACUCUGGUCUCAGACUCCGACACGCCCCAUCAGCAACAACCCACCCUGAUGUAAACCAACCAUGAGAAAAACCAUUUUUUUUACUUCGUUAUUUUUAAUUUAAGAAUAUACUUAUUACGAUUAC